AUGGCACCAGUAAUUGGAGGCCCUGUGGGAUACACACCACCAGAAGGAGGAUGGGGCUGGGCCGUAGUUGUUGGUGCCUUUAUCUCAAUUGGCUUUUCCUAUGCGUUUCCAAAAUCCAUCACAGUAUUCUUCAAAGAGAUAGAGAUAAUCUUUAAUGCAUCUAGCAGCAAAGUGUCCUGGAUCUCUUCCAUUAUGCUUGCAGUAAUGUACGGAGGAGGUCCCAUCAGCAGCAUCCUGGUGAACAAAUAUGGCAGUCGUCCAGUAAUGAUUGCAGGGGGCUGUCUGUCAGGAUGUGGUUUGAUUGCUGCUUCCUUUUGUAAUACUGUGGAAGAGCUUUACUUCUGUGUUGGGGUUGUGGGAGGUCUUGGACUUGCAUUUAAUUUAAACCCGGCCUUGACUAUGAUUGGCAAGUACUUCUACAAGAGGCGUCCACUGGCUAAUGGACUGGCAAUGGCAGGCAGCCCGGUAUUUUUGUCAACGCUGGCUCCCAUGAACCAAAAAUUUUACAGCAUUUUUGGGUGGAGAGGGAGCUUCUUAAUUCUUGGGGGCCUCUUGUUAAAUUGCUGUGUGGCUGGAUCCCUGAUGAGACCAAUAGGACCCAAACCAGACCAGCAGCAGAAAGAAAUGAAUAAAGAAACAUUGCAGGAAGCUGGUAAACUUGUGAAAAAAGAAGAAGGUGCAGGAGACGUCAGCACAGACCUUCUUGCUGAGAAGACACAAAAACCGAAAGCCACUGUCUUCCAGACUGUGAACAGGUUCUUGGAUUUGUCUCUCUUUACCCACCGUGGAUUUUUGCUGUAUCUGUUUGGCAACGUGGUCAUGUUUUUUGGAUUGUUUACACCAUUAGUUUUUCUCAGCAAUUAUGGGAAGAGUAAGCAUUUCUCUAACGAAUCUUCUGCCUUCUUGCUGUCCAUUCUGGCCUUUGUAGAUAUGGUGGCCAGGCCAUCCAUGGGCUUGGUAGCAAACACCAAAUGGGUGAGGCCCAGGGUGCAGUAUUUUUUUGCGGUGUCUGUGAUCUAUAACGGCUUGUGCCACCUUUUGGCUCCUUUAUCCACAACCUACGCUGGAUUUUGCAUCUACGCCGGCUUCUUCGGAUUUGCCUUUGGCUGGCUAAGCUCUGUCUUGUUUGAGACGCUGAUGGAUUUAGUUGGGACUCAGCGGUUCUCCAGUGCCGUCGGUUUGGUGACCAUUGUGGAAUGCUGCCCUGUGCUUUUGGGGCCACCUCUCCUAGGUAAACUGAAUGACAUAUAUCAUGACUACAAGUAUACCUACUGGGCAUGCGGCAUCAUCCUGAUCGUCUCUGGGAUCUUCCUAUUUAUCGGGAUGGGCAUCAAUUAUCGGCUGUUGGCGAAAGAGGAGAAGGCCGAGGCCAAGCAAAAAGCUGAAGGGAAAGAAGAGGAAACUAGUAUCGACGAGGCUGAAAAACAAAAAGAGCCGAGCAAUGAUGUGGCCAUUCUGCCUCAGAAAGCCACAGAAGAUGGUAUAAAAGAGGAGGAGAGCCGCAUGUGAGAGACUGGUAUUUUAAGUCCAAUAGGACAGGGUAAAAUAUUAUCAACAUGAUACGUUGUAUUUGGAUGGGGGAGCACUACUGGUUAUGGGCAGUGGUGAGAAGGGUAA